GGAAUGUAAGCCCAAGGAGAAGGUCUUUCGUCCUGUAGAGAAGCGACAUGUCUGAUGCACCGAGUCGAAAACGGUCCCGGUCAUUGAGCGCCGGGGCCGGGGAUGACAGUGAGUCCUCGGAUGAUGACUUUGGCCCGGCGUUGCCAUCUUCUGUACCCCCAAAGAAAAAGCGCAAGCUGCCGUACGAAUCGUUGUAUGUGGAUGCCCUGCCCAAGGGGAUCCGCUACUCCAAGUCCUUGAUGCACAAGGAGCAGGUGUCGACGGUGACUGUGGCUCCUUCGCCUGUCGACUUUGUCAUGACCACUUCGAGUGAUGGAGUGGUCAAAUUCUGGAAGAAAGUGGCCCACGGCAUCGAGUUUGCCAAGGAAUAUCGGGCUCAUGAAGGACGCAUUGUCAGUUCUAGUGUCAGUGUUGAUGGGACUUUGUUCGCGACUGCAGGCGACGAUGAUGACAAGACAAUUAAGAUCUUUGACGUGGUUACCUUUGACCUGUUGACAAUCCUCGACCUCGAGCAGGCGGCGUCUUGUAUCUGCUGGGUACACCGGCGAGGAGCGUCUCCAGUGCUGGCCGUCGGAGUUGGAAAGGUUUUCGAGCUUUACGAUGGGCGGGGAGACUCACAGAAGCCAAUCCAUACUUUGGCAUCACUCCAUCGCGCUUCGGUGGUGGCGAUGGCCUACAACUCUGUCUUUGACUGUGUGGUAUCUGCUGACGCUGGCGGGAUGGUGGAAUAUUGGCGACCUCAUGAGAACUACGAGAAGCCCGACAAUGUCUUCCAAAUCAAGUCGUCCACCAACUUGUUUGAUUUCAAAAAGGCAAAGUCAGCCCCUACAUCGAUUACAAUCUCUCCGUCGGGCCACCAAUUCGCCACAAUCUCCUUUCCUGACCGAAAGGUCAGGGUGUUUGAUUUUGCCUCGGGUAAGCUGUACAGGUCGUACGACGAGUCCAUCGACACCAUCACCACCAUGCAACAAGCGGGAACGGCGCUGCAGAAGUUGGAAGAGGUUGAGCUGGGUCGAAGACUGGCAGUGGAGCGAGACUUGGACAGUGCGGCUCUCCGUCCCAAGAUCAACGUUGUGUUCGACGAGUCGGGUCACUUUAUCGCCUUUGGUUCCUUAUUGGGUAUCAAGGUGAUCAACACGUUGACCAAUCGCGUGAUGAGAGCAUACGGAAAAGACGAGCCCUUUCGAGCACUGAAUGUGGCCUUGUAUCAAGGAGCACCCUCGAAGAAGGAGGUUGUCACUGUUUCCAUGGCUGCCUCGGCGAAUCCGCUCCUGGACGAGGCGGAAGAACGGGAUCCCAUGUUGUUUGCCACUGGAUACGGCAAAGUGCGAUUCUACAUGUUCACCAACGAUCAAGAAAUCAGCAAGUCGACCCGAGAUGUGCAGAACGAGAAGCCGAGAGUGAUUGCAGGCAAGAAGAAAGAGGAGAAGAAGGCGCAACAAGGAAGUUCAGCCAUUCUGCACACCAAUUAUGGCGACAUCCAUAUCCGCCUGUUUCCGGAAAAGGCGCCCAAGGCUGUAGAGAACUUUGUGACGCAUGCGCGCAACGGGUACUACAACAGCACCAUCUUCCACCGUGUGAUCCGAAAGUUCAUGAUCCAAGGCGGGGAUCCUCUUGGAGAUGGAACGGGAGGCGAGAGUAUCUGGGGGAAAGAGUUCGAAGACGAGUUCUCCGACCUCAAGCACGACAAGCCGUAUACGGUGAGCAUGGCGAAUGCGGGCCCAGGCACGAACGGGUCACAGUUCUUCAUCACGACCGAGAAGACGCCGUGGUUAGACAACAAGCACACCAUCUUUGGACGAGCAUACCAGGGACUAGACGUCAUACAUCAGAUUGAGAAUGCCAAAGUGCGCAAGGAGAAGCCUGAGGAGGACAUCAAGAUUGUCAACAUUACCAUUAGCUAGUACUGAGAAGAUGUGCAUAAAUACAAGUCGCUG